AGCUCCAGAGUUGAGCCGCGCCGCGCCGAGGCGCUCAGGACAUCAGAGCCGCUUUCACUCCACCAGCAAACCAGUUACCCGGUAAACCGACACAUGUCCGCCACAUUCACCUCCUCCUUCCUCCCGUGUGUGUGUUCAUUAUCUGGAGGUAGCUUAACGUGGCUUGAGUCUGCGGAUAUGAAGAACAAACCCAGCCAACAGGUGAGCACAGCGGCUCCGGAGCGGCUGGACAACAUGCCGAGCUUCGAGGUGUCUCUCCAGCAGCUCAACGACCUGCUGACGGACGAAAGCGGUCUGUACAGCUGGCCAACCAAACACUACAACGAGGUCUACAAGAGGAUCUACGUGGGCAACGCGUUUGUGGCGAUGAACGUGAUGCGUCUCAAGCGUCAGGGCAUCACCCACAUCCUGAACGGGGCGGAGGGGAUCUCCUUCAUGCACGUCAACACCAACGCCGAGUUCUAUGCCGGCACAGGCAUCAUCUACCACGGCGUGGCGGCCAGCGACACCGACCACUUCGACAUCAGCGUUUUCUUCGAGGAGGCGGCGGACUUCAUCGAGAAGGCGCUUGCAUACAAGAAUGGAAAAGGCAAAGUGUACGUUCACUGCAGGGAGGGCUACAGCCGCGCCCCUACUUUAGUCAUAGCCUACCUGAUGCUUCGCCAAAACAUGGACGUCCACACCGCUCUGGCCAUGGUGCGGCAGAAAAGAGAGAUCGGACCCAACGACGGCUUCCUCCGGCAGCUCUGUCGGCUGAACCAAAGGCUGGCUGCUGAGGGAAGGUUCUGGAACAAAUGAGGCAGAUAGACUGUCCGUUAAGAGAGAACAAAAGUAUUCUUUCACUUGUUCUACAGCUUUAACGAGCCGCCGAUCUGUGAAGGGAUGUCGUGGAACUGAGAAUAGUGAAAAAAGACAUUCUCUCUUAGACUAAGGCUGACAGCACUGAGUGUAUGUAUAAUACAAAAUAAUACACACAAACCUUUGACACGAACAUACAGUAUUUGUACACUGGUGAUACCAUGUGCUGAUCAUACAAUGUAAUGUGUAAAUCCAGGUGCACUGCAUUCACUGAGUGUGUUUACAUCCUUAUAUUACAUGUAUCUUGGUUCAGGUCUUAGUGACAGUGAAUAAUCAUGUUCUGUAUAGUUUGGUGUGUGCUCACUACUCCAGAGAACAAUAUCAAAGUAUAAAGGGAAUGUUAAUACGCAUUAGAAAAAAUAGAUGGAGUAACUGGUGUGAUACUGUGAUACCACUUUCUGUCCCCUCUCUCCAUCACUGCCAAACCUCUCAGUCCCAGCCACUCCCAGAGGGGAUUUCAAGUGGACACUGUGAUUUUUCAUAUUGAAUCAGAUUUCAGGGUACUGUAGGAUGAUAUUACAAUAUCUUGUGUUUAAUAUGCCGAGGGUGUUUCAGAGAACUGCACAAUCUUUGACCUGUAUUGCACUCACGUCUAGAAGUCGGCCUCAGAAGUAUGUCUCAGUAUAACAUUUGUCUGGUGUCUCGUUAGUGCUUUAUAGGAAUUCUUGACACUAUUUGUUACGGCAAGAUAAUUUAAUUGUAAAAAGAAGUUGGUCUGUACGGAAGAACCUGAGAGGCAAGUUGUUGUUUUGUGUUUUUGUUUGCCAGGGUCAGUGUUUGUUGUUGUAAUACUCAUUUUGGGCCACAAGAGGCUGAAGUGCACCACUACCUUUUGUUCUAAAUAGGACUCAAAUCAUUCAUGUUUACUUCCAGGUGAGUUUUAAACUCAAGGUACAUAUAUUGUGUGUAAGCAAGAGUGCAUGAACAAAUUAAAACUGAAAGAAACCAUGAAUGCUUUUAGUCCAAGAACAUUGAGAACAUGAAGUACUAGUGCACUUCACCCUCUUGUGGCCAAAAUGUGCAUUACAACAACAAACACUUGAUCCUGACAAAAAAAUAAAAUCACCUGCCAAAUUUUUUUUAUUCCCACCUGUUUUCACAGGUGAAAAAAUAAAAUAACAUAAGGAACCUACUUUCCUCACUUGCCUCUACUAGCCUGGCUCUGUCAAAGAUAACGAAGUCUGUCUACCAGCACCUGUAAAGCUAUAAAGCUAGUAAAUAACAUGUUAUAUCUCAUUUGUUUAAUCCGCACCAAAAAAAACAAAAUGUGCUGGACAGCUUUUUGGGGAUGGACACAGAAACUCCCAUAACCCUCUGAAAAACCACAUCUUGUAGUUUUUGACCGUGCGUAAAGGCCUUUACACAGGCGAUUAAUUCGCACAUCAUUAUAUUUUUUCGAACUGUUGUUUUUGUCAUGGAUACUGAAAUGGUCCAGUGAGUGGAACCAAGCCACUAAAGCCUCCGAUUGUAAUUUCAACACUGCCAGAAUGUGAGAUACGUUUGCCAGUAACUUAAACAGUAUUGGAUUACUUCUCUGUCAACAGCUUUUGCACAUUAGUGUGUUUACAUUUGUGUGUUUUUGUCAGUUUUAUAUUGUACAGCAGCAUGCUUUGUAAUAUUUUAUUAUAUUAGUAAAGUAAUAUAGUAUUAUAUCACUUUGUAGCACAGCUAUGUAUCUAUAUAUAUAUUUAUUGAGUCAUGUGUGUAUUAUUGUGUGUGCAUUAUUUGUCACAAUGUGCAUUAUUGAGCCUGUAACUUGUGAAUCAUCGUGUGCAUUACUGAGUAGGAUGUGAUGUGACUGGUCAUGUCAGUAGGCUUCCAUUGACUCUCAUAGAAUAUGAGACCGCUUAUAUAUGAAGUGCACUUUAUCUGAUGACACUGGUGAUUGUUGUCGCUCUCGUUUCAUUCAUUCAGUAAUAAACUGAAAAUGACACAACU